ACCCGGGAAUUUUAACGAAGUCGAUGACGCCGACAGCAGCAGCAGCAGCUGACGGUCGUACGAUAAUCCGCCGAACACUCCGUUAUCAAUAUCAAUUUGUUCGUCCUCGAGUCGAGAAAAUUCUGUUCGCAACAACCUUCGCUAGUUCGCUACGACAUUUUUCUACGUUUUUCACGUCCGCGUAACACGAAAAUAUACCGUAAGUAUUAUACAUUUUACUUUAAUGUUCACGCACGGCGCGCAGCAAAGUUAGUGUACACGGUUGAAUCCUUUGUCCGCAUUUGACGAUUGGUUCGUGUAACCCGUACAUUGAAAAUAUAUAUAUAUCAUUAGACAUUCUAGAACAUAAUAUUAUGUACCUAUCUAAUUUCUCUAUUCGGAUAAUUGUAUCGCACAAUGUUAACAUUAGAUACAGCCUAUAACUACUUAAAACUAAUUCGUACUUGUUUCUGUGAAAUUGAUAGACGUUGAUGAUCAGUACAUCUAGAUAAUUAUUCCACCUAGGGUAACGGCACUAGUCUUUGGCAUUAACCUAGUUUUUAACUAGUAACUAGUAGUUAACCUAGUAAUUUUGGGUUUAAUAAACUGUUUGGAUUCAGAAAAUCAAUUUUACUUGUUAAAUUUAACCAAGGUGCCAGUAAGUUAACAUUUUGAUGGUAGCCGACCGGUCAACUGAACACAAACAACUCAUCUAUGACAUAUUAAACACAAAAUUGAGUUAUAUUGCCAAUUACUGAUGCUGUUUACGUACCUAUACUUUUUUUUCCCUCCAAACUGGAAAGGGCUUAUUUUUUACGUUUAUUUUUGUUUACUUACUAAUAAAAAAAUGUAUUUUACAUUUUAUAUAUCAUAUUCUGAACACUUUGAUUUUGAAACGUCUAUAAUUAUACUAAUACAAUUUUAAUUAUUUCAGAAAAUGGGUGGUGACUUUGGACAAUUAAAAAAUGACAUUCGCGGUGUCAUCACUACCAAAUUGUCUCCUUAUGAGCAAAAGGCGUUUAAAGGAAUCAUCUCUCACGGUGUACCUAAUGCAAUCAGACGAACACUUUCCAAUGUUCCAUAUAUAGUGCCGCCAUUCAUCAUCGGCUAUCUGGUUUACGAUUGGAUUCACCACACCCACCAUAAAAGUUUAAGAAAGAACCCAGCAGAAUUCGCAAAUGACCAAUAGUUUUUUUUUUUUUUUUCAUUCUACUGUCUGCGUAAAAUAAAUCAUCUUAAUGAUUGAUUAUAGAUAAUAGAAAUUUGUUUGUCAAAUAUAAAUAAUAUGUUUAAAACAAACAAUAAGUAAUAAAAAUGUUUAAUUGUUACGUGUUGAGUUGAUUAUCAAUUAUUAUGAAAUAAUAUAAAGGUUUAAUGAAUAAAACAGUUUAAAUUCUGUUAAAAACAU